AUGGUCUCGAGCGAUGAAAACAGAUCGCGCGCUCGGUUGCCGAUUAAGACGCCUGCCGGGGUUGUGUGACAGUCAUGUGAGCCGGGAAACAUGGCUGCACAAAAAUAAUGGCUAGUCGCACUUCAGUCAUUCCUCCGCCUUGAUAUUUCUUGUCGUGUUUGUCGAGAAGUAAGCAACCCCUUCGCGAAUUUCAAUCCGACUUUUACAGUCUGUCCACCUGAGCCUCGUAGCGUCCGUCGGUGAAAAUGAACACCGAGAAAGAUUUCGCUCCCCUGACCCCGAACAUCGUCAGAGCCCUGAACGACAAGCUGUACGAAAAGAGAAAAGUCGCCGCUUUGGAGAUAGAAAAGCUGGUGCGAGAAUUUGUGGCUCAGAACAAUUCCACUCAGAUCCGUCAUGUUAUCCAGAUCCUGGCCACUGAGUUUGCCUUAUCCCAGCACCCCCACAGUCGUAAAGGGGGGCUUAUCGGCCUGGCUGCCUGCUCCAUAGCCCUGGGAAAGGACUCUGGCCUUUACCUGAAGGAACUGAUUGAGCCAGUGCUCACCUGCUUCAAUGACUCUGACAGCCGUCUGCGCUACUAUGCUUGUGAGGCACUUUACAACAUCGUGAAGGUGGCCAGGGGGGCCGUGCUGCCCCAUUUUAAUGUGCUGUUUGAUGGGCUCAGCAAGUUGGCAGCAGAUCCGGAUCCCAAUGUGAAGAGUGGAUCAGAACUGCUGGACCGUCUGCUGAAGGACAUUGUGACAGAAAGUUCCAAAUUUGACCUGGUGGCCUUUGUCCCUUUGCUGCGUGAGCGUAUUUACUCCAAUAACCAAUAUGCACGUCAGUUCAUCAUCUCCUGGAUACUUGUGCUGGAGUCUGUGCCAGACAUAAACCUUUUGGAUUAUCUUCCGGAAAUCCUGGAUGGACUCUUUCAGAUCCUGGGGGACAGCAGCAAGGAGAUCCGCAAGAUGUGUGAGGUGGCCUUGGGGGAGUUCCUUAAGGAGAUUAAGAAGACACCAUCCACUGUAAAGUUUGCAGAGAUGGCUAACAUCUUGGUCAUUCACUGCCAGGUGUCUGAUGAAUCAAAAUCGACGAACGAUCUCAUCCAGCUAACGGCUAUGACAUGGAUGAGGGAGUUCAUCCAACUGGCCGGCCGGCUGGUGCUCCCUUAUUCCUCUGGCAUCCUGACGGCCGUGCUGCCCUGUCUGUCUUAUGAUGACCGCAAGAAGAGUACCAAAGAGGCUGCCAGUGCCUGCAACCACAGCUUGAUGAAGCUGGUGACCCCUGAGGAUGAUGGUGAUGAGGAGGUGGACGGGCAAGUGAGUGACACUCUGCACCGAGAGGACGGCCCCCCCAAGUCCCAAGAUGAACUUGACAAUUCACUAAAUGCAUCGCAGGAUUCUGGUGGGCUUAGUAAUAUCUGCUUCUUCACUCCUACCAGUGCUGACAGAAGCCAGGUGACUCUGGACCUGGAUGGGAUUGUUCAGGUGCUUGGACGUCACCUGCAUGACUCUUCGACUGGUAUGAUGACACGCAUCGCUGUGCUGAAGUGGCUCUACCAUCUGUACAUUAAAACCCCACGCAAGAUGUUCCGUCACACCGAUAGCCUCUUCCCCAUGCUGCUGAAGACUCUGUCGGAUGAGUCAGAUGAGGUCAUUCUGAAGGACUUGGAAGUUCUUGCAGAGAUCGCCUCUUCCCCGGCUGGUCAGACGGACUCCUCCGGGCCAUGUGACAGCACGGGCUGCCGGCUCGAACUUGCAGUUCCAGCAUCAGCCAAGCCAGGUUCCAAAGCAGACUCCAGCCCUUCCACACCUUCCACUCCUAGCAUGAACUCCUACUUCUACAAGUUCAUGAUCAACCUCCUGCAGCGCUUCAGUCUGGAGAGGAAGCUCCUGGAGAUCCGGGGUGCCUUUAUCAUCAGACAGUUGUGUCUGCUUCUACAUGCAGAGAAUAUCUUCCAUUCCAUGGCAGACAUCUUGCUGAAAGAGGAAGACUUGAAGUUUGCUUCCACCAUGGUGCAGACGCUCAACACCAUCCUGCUCACGUCUGCUGAACUCUUCCAGCUUCGGAACCAGCUCAAGGAUCUGCGCACACAGGAGAGCUGUGACCUGUUUUGCUGUCUGUAUCGUUCUUGGUGUCAUAACCCUGUGGCCACAGUCUCCCUCUGCUUCCUGACCCAGAACUACCAGCAUGCCUAUGACCUCAUCCAGAAGUUCGGCGAUCUGGAAGUGACUGUGGAUUUCCUGAUGGAGGUGGACAAGUUGGUGCAGCUCAUCGAGAGCCCCAUCUUCACCUACCUGCGCCUGCAGCUGCUCGAUGUGGAGAAUAACCCCUACCUGAUCAAGGCUCUCUACGGCCUCCUGAUGCUGCUGCCCCAGAGCCAGGCCUUCCAGAUGCUCUCCCACCGGCUGCACUGCGUACCCAACCCUGAGCUCAUGAGGACCGUGCCUGAUCUGAAGAGCUCUCCCGGCUCCAGGUGUCCGGCCUCCUCACGUGUCGACUAUAAAGAAUUGCUGCAGCACUUCGACCGGGUCCAGAGGAAGCACCUGGAGGUUCGGCACCAGCGGGCUGGACGGGCCGAGUGCUCCGACCGGAAGCUGGUGCUGUGAAACCCGAAGGAAGCCGAUAACCAAGAUCACCAUUAUCACCAGAAAGACACUUUAGCGCUAAUGCAGUUUUAAACUAUUGAACGUUCUGUAGGCAUGACGUAUCCGCUGCCCCUUUUUUAUGAGUUUCUUUUUUUUUUAUAAAUAGCUUUGAUGGAGGCGCCAUUAUGGAUGCACAUCUACAAACAUGAAUUUACACCAUGGUCGGGUCCAGUGCCAUGUUAGUCAAAGCUUGAAUAUACAUUAUUAUUAUUUUUUGCUUUUGUAGUUGUUGGCUUUUUUUCCAUUUGUCCAUAAGUGUUCUCUCUUACUCAUUCUUUACUCACUUCCGCAUCGGCCACGAUGUCCGUCAGCUGUCAAAAACAACGUGGAUGAGCUACACACGACACUCUCCUUGGUCUUAAAGCUUGAAGGCUGUUUUGGGUACCUGAAGCUGUGCUUUCUGGCCUGGCAGUCAUUUGUAAGAAGCCCGUUGUCAAACAGUCAACACUGGGGGGGCCCAAACCUUUAAUUAUAAUAUAUAUUGAGGAAGACAUUGUGAGUCUGAAUAUUGGUGGGGGACCUGUACCCCCCAUUAUAUAUUAUAAUUAUGACCUUGAUUUGAAAUGUCUUAAUCUUGGAAGAGUUUUGGAACAGAUAUUCUGUUUACGUUUUAUCUCCUGCUCAGUCUUGGUAGAUGCACAUUGUUGUCUGUCCGAGUUCCCUCCUUUUCAGAUGUUGUCUAACUUCACUUUCUACCAUUUAUUUUUUAUUUUUUUAUAUCUCCUCACCUUUUCCUCACCAUCCCAUCUCUGUCACUCCCCCGUCUGCUUCCAGCCUCCUGCCCCUCUUGCAUGCUUCCCCAGAACCCCACGGUCUCCUGUGAAAUGACUGCUAUCUGCUAUAAGGAGAGAACUCCAGUAAAUCAUGGACCAUAUGUUAUUACUUUACUCUUGUCUUUUUUCUUCCACUGCCCAUCUGCUGCUUCUGUGGGAACAAGGUCACACAGUCAUCCUCCUCGCCUUUUUGUCAGCCCAGCAAACCAAGGCAGUGUAUCCUCAGCCGUGGGUUGUUGGUUUGUGGACAUGAUAUGUCCAGGAUUAAAUUAUGUUAAUCAUUAGCAGUUUAAACUUGUCAGCCAUUGUGCUGUUGUAAGAUCAAUGUGCAUUGAAACACAAGUCUGAGUAAUUCCUGUGCUUGGAUGUAAUUAAAUGUAUUAGUCGACAGUUGAAUUAAAAUUUAGUUUUUAAGGUGGAUAA